AUGUUUGGAAAUCCAAUUCAAGCAUCAAAUUGUGAGACUUGGUCAGAAUGGGGACCGUGUGUGUGGUUGAAGGGGAAGGAGAAAAGAUGGCAACGCUCUUACUUCGAACAAUUGCUCCCCGGCCGUAAAGGAUGCAGAAACCAUGUCUUUUUCCGUCUUCUCAAGGAUCGUUGGGGAGUUGCUUUCAACAACUUCUACAACUAUUUGAGAGAUACCACAACAAGUGAGGAGCAGUGCGGAGAGUGCUCUUAUCAGCAGAGUUGUGGAAGAAAAUGUCAUAGAAGGGGUGACAUCGGAAUCAUCAACCCACUUUUCGUUGCUGAGAGAAAGUGUAUGGGUGUAGAUCAGAGCAAGGCUUGUGUCUCCACCUACAUGCAAGACUGUAAACUUUGGCCAAAUAAGAAUAUCCAAUUGCCAAAUGUCACUGAAUCCAUGCAACAAAUUAUUGAUAACCUGGACUACCUGCAGUGUGUUCCAGAGCAUAGACCAUCCGGCUCCGUAUGCCGUUGCUGCUGCCAUCCAUACACCCCAAAUCCACAAACUUUUGAAUGCGAGUUGAAGCCGUACUUGUCCGGCAAAUAA